CCGGAAGUGUUAAAGCUUCGGGGUUGAGUGACGCCGGCUUGCGGGAGGUGAACGCAGAGAAGGCGGAGGAGGAGGAGAAGGGGGGUGAGAGACGUAGCGACGAGAAGAAGGACGAGAGAAGAGGUGGAGGGCUCUCUCCUCCGCCUCCUCGUCGAGCGAGCGAGCGGCCGUGGAGACGCGAGGAGACGCAAAUGGCCGCCCUGGCGCUGCUCAGCUACGAGAACAGGCCCCUCAAGAGGCCUCGUCUGGGACCCCCAGAUGUCUACCCGCAGGACCCCAAGCAAAAGGAGGACGAGCUGAAUGCCGUGAAUGUGAAGCAGGGCUUCAGCAAUCAGCUGGCCUUCUCCGGCGAUGAGCAUGGCAGCGGAAGGAGUUUCCUCAACCAGAUUGUACCAGCCAAGAUUGGCGCAUACUUCAGCGACAUACUCGCGGAGAAGUUCAAGCUGAACACGUUUCAGGACACGGGAAAGAAGAAACCGCAAGUGAACACGAAGGACAACUACUGGCUGGUGACGGCCCGCUCGCAGUCCGCCAUUCAUAACUGGUUCACAGACCUGGCCAGCAACAAACCUCUCACAGGGCUCACCAAAAAGGUGCCCAUUCUCAGUAAGAAGGAGGAGGUGUUUGGAUACUUGGCCAAGUACCUGGUGCCUCCCAUGCGUGCCGCGUGGCUCAUCAAGAUGACGUGCGCCUACUACGCCGCCGUGUCGGAGGCCAAGAUAAAGAAGCGUCAGGUCAUCGACCCAUGCCUGGAGUGGACCCAGAUCCUCAUACGGUACCUGCGCGAGCAACUGAGCAAGAUCGCAGAGCACUACGUGGCAACGGCCAGCCAGGGCGGCCAGAGUGGCACCAACCCUUCCACCUUGACGCCCGAGGCCGAGCAGGCCAUGAAGCAGUGGGAGUACAACGAGAAGCUGGCCCACUACAUGUUCCAGGAGGGCAUGCUGGAGCGGCACGAGUACCUAUCGUGGGUGCUGGAGGUGCUGGAGCGGAUCAAGCCGGCCGACGACGAGCUCCUCAAGCUGCUGCUGCCUCUCGUUCUGCAGUACUCGGAUGAGUUCGUGCAGUCGGCCUACCUGGCGCGGCGCCUGGCGUUCUUCUGCGCCCGCCGCCUCUCGCUGCUGCUGGGCGACCCGUCAGCCGCCACGGCCAUGACCGGCCACGGCACGGGCCCUCGCUCCCACUCGCCGCUCCUCGGCCUUCCCUCCGGCGCCGGCGUCGGGGGGGGCGGCGGCGGCGGGAACAGCGGCGGCGGCGGCGGCGCAGCCGGCGUGGCUCCUGCGGUGCCGGCGGGCGGCAGCGCCCAGGGGACCCCGUCGGUGACGGCGACCGCGGGAUCCACCCCUCCUCCACAGCCGCCCACCGGCUCCGCCAACCCGACACACCCGGCGUUCGCCGACUUCCAGUCGUGCCCCCAGCACCGCUCGCUCAUCUACGGGCUCAGCUGCAUGCUGCAGACGGUGACUCUGUGCUGCCCCAGUGCCCUCGUGUGGAAUUACUCGCAGAACGAGAGCAAGACCAACACGCCGGGCUCGCCGCUCGACUUGCUGCCCCUUGCGCCCUCCAGCCUGCCAAUGCCCGGGGGCAACAACGCCUUCAACCAACAGGUGCGUGGCAGGUUGAGGCAGGUCGAGCAGCAGAUUCGUCAGCGAGGUCGUGCCGUUGAAGUUCGCUGGUCCUUCGACAAGUGCCAGGAGUCGACCGCGGGAUUCACCAUCAGCAAGGUCCUCUAUACCCUGGAGCAGCUUGACAAGCACUGCUUUGACCGCUCCGACUCGAGCAGCUGCCUCGACUCGCUCUACAACAAGAUUUUCUGCUCCCCGCAGAGCAAGGACGGUCAGGAGGUGGCUAUGCCUGACGACGCUAUCGUAACGCUGCUGUGCGAAUGGGCCGUCAGCUGCAAGCGAUCGGGGAAGCACCGCGCCCUGGUGGUCGCGCGGCUUCUCGAAAAGCGUCAGGCGGAGCUGGAAGCCGAUCAGCGCUGCGGUGAGUCGGAGGUGCUGGACGAGAAGGAAUCGAUCUCGUCGGGCUCGCUGGCCGGCGCCAGCCUCCCUGUCUUCCAGAACGUGCUGCUACGCUUCCUGGAUACGCAGGCGCCCAUCAUAACCGACCCAAGCAACGAGAGCGAGAAGAUGGAAUUCUCUAACCUGGUGCUGCUGUUCUGCGAGCUGAUGCGUGCCGAGGUCUUCUGGCACGACGGCUACAUGUGCACGCUGAUCUCGCGCGGCGAGCUCGCCUGGGGCGGCGCGGCCGCCGCGGCCGCCGUUGCCACCGCCGCCGCAGCAGCCGCGGCGGCCGCCGCCGCCUCCACCUCGUCGUCGUCUGGGGGAGGCCCAGGCAGCGGCGGAGGAGGAGGAGGCAACUUAGGGGUCUGCUCUGGCUCCGUGGGGGGAGCCGGGCAUCAAACGCCGUCGCCGCACCCCCACACGGUGCCCGACGGUUCGGGAAAGAUGCAGCAUUCCCAGCACCAUUCGUCCGACAUGAAGGAGGAGUCUGGUAUGGUUGAGUCCAUGGAAAUGGACUCUGGGGCAACGACUCUCUUUGAUGAUUUGGACAAGAGCGACUACAAGGCUGAGUUCCCGACUGACUUCAUGGUGGUGCAUGGGAAGGAGAUGUUUUCUCCCCUGGAUACGGACCCGCUGGCUUCGGAGCCCAAGCCCAGUCCGGCGUCGGAUAAACCCACGCAGACCAAAGAGGACAAGCCCCUUCGCAAGGAGAAGCCCCUGGACCCCAUCUUCCCUCCCACGCACGAGCUGCCCCGCCACCUGCAGUACGCGCUGCACUUCCCCAUUGUGCAGGACGAGUCGUCAGUGCACGAGUGCAACCAGCGGCUGAUUGUGCUGUACGGCGUGGGGCGGCAGCGAGACGAGGCGCGGCACCACAUCAAGCGCAUCACCCGCGACAUCCUCAAGAUCCUCAACAAGAAGAGCACGGCCGAGACCGGGGAGGAGAGUCAGAAGAGCAAGAGGAGUAAGCCGGAAUCCUUUCCGACGCUUGAAGGCAUCUUCUCUCGCUUCCAACAGCUCUCCUACUUCGACCAGCACCAGGUCACCUCGCAGGUCGCCAGCAAUGUGCUCGAGCAGAUCACGAGCUUCGCAUCGGGGACGUCAUACCACCUGCCGCUGGUGCAGCACAUCCAGUUCAUCUUCGACAUCAUGGAGCACUCGCUCAACAUCCACGGCCUCAUCGACUUCGUCAUCCAGCUGCUGAAUGAGCUGAGCGUAGUGGAGGCAGAGCUGCUGCUGAAGUCGUCGAGCCUGGCUGGGAGCUACACCACGGGGCUGUGCCUGUGCAUCGUGGCUGUGCUGCGUCACUACCACGCCUGUCUGCUGCUCGGGCCGGACCAGACGGCGCAGGUGUUCGAGGGGUUGUGCGGCGUGGUGAAGCACGUGGCCAACCCUUCGGACUGCUCUUCCCCCGAGCGCUGCAUUCUCGCGUACCUCUACGACCUGUGCGUGUCCUGCAGCCACCUCAAGAGCAAAUUUGGGGACCUCUUAAGUGGCGCCUGCUCCAAGGUGAAGCAAACCAUCUACUGCAGCGUGACGCCCUCCACGUCCAACCUGCUGUGGGACCCCGAGUUCAUGCAGGACUACAUCGAGCACCCGGACACGCAGAUCAACUACUCGCUGCUCGGCAAGGUGCUGCAUGACAGCGCGGUCCACCGCUACAGCUUCGUGUGCAACGCGCUCAUGCACAUCUGCACGGGCCACCAGGAUACGGAUCGGAUAAACGACGUGGGGAACCUGUGCGCCGAGCUGACCGCGUGCUGCACCGCGCUGAGCUCCGAGUGGCUGGGGGUGCUCAAGGCCCUCUGCUGCUCCUCCAACCACGGCUGCGGCUUUAAUGACCUCCUGUGCAGCGUUGACGUGAGCGACCUGUCAUUCCACGACUCGCUAGCCACCUUCAUCGCCAUCCUCAUCGCUCGCCAGAGCUUCUCGCUUGAGGACGUCAUUCAGCACGUGGCGUUGCCGUCCCUCCUCGCCGCUGUGUGCGGAGACUCCGACGCAGAACCUGGAGCUCGGCUCACCUGCCGUCUGCUGCUGCACCUCUUCAAAACUCCUCAGGUCACGCCGUCCACGCCGCCAGGAGGUAAGUCCAGCCCUGGCAUCCGCUCAUCGUGUGACCGGCAUCUGCUGGCUGCGGCUCACAACAGCAUCGAGGUGGGGGCUGUCUUCGCUGUGCUCAAGGCCAUCCUCAUGCUCGGCGACAUGGAUCUGGGCGGGCCAGGCCUGCACAGCUCGCACGGCGACGACGUGAGCGUGGCGAGCCUGCUGGCGCCGAUCCGGGGUCUCGACGACGCAGCCGACGACGAGGUCUUGAGCGGCGGCGGCGCCGGCGGCGGUGCUGGUGCCGGCGGCCCCGGUAGCGGCAAGGGGGCCCGGCCGGGCGGCCGCGUCACCGCCAUCGAGACGGCGAGCCUCAGCGAGUACGCCAAGUUCGCGCUCAAGACCAUCUGCCAGCAGGAGUGGGUGGGCGAGCGCUGCCUGAAGGAGCCCGAGUCGCUGCGCGACGACAAGGACCUGCUGCUGGACCCCGUGCUCUCCAACAAGCAGGCGCAGCACCUGCUGCAGCUCAUAUGCUACCCCCACGGGCUGCCCGACGCGCAGGACUCGGACAACCCGCAGAGGCAGCGCAUCAAGCGCAUACUGCAGCACCUAGACCAGUGGACGCUCAGGCAGUCGUGGUUGGAGCUGCAGCUGAUGAUCAAGCAGUGUCACAACUCCGAAAUGAACAACCUCCUGGAGAACAUAGCCAAGGUGACCAUCGAGGUUUUCCAGCAGUCGGCCGAGAUGAACAGCUCCUCCAACCUCAUGUCGCUCGGCCUUCUGGGACACGGAGGGGGCGGCCCUGGCACAGGUGUCGGCAGCAGCGAUGCUGCGCAGAACGCAGCCGCGGCCGCCAAGAAGAAGCCCUUCCUCAGCUCGUCGGAGCGCAAGGGCGUGUGGCUGGUGGCGCCGCUCAUCGCGAAGCUGCCCAGCUCGGUGCAGGGCCGCGUGCUCAAGGCGGCCGGAGAGGAGCUGGAGAAGGGCCAGCACCUCGGCUCCUCCUCCAAGAAGGAGCGCGACCGACAGAAACAGAAGAGCAUGUCACUAUUGAGCCAGCAGCCCUUCCUGUCGCUGGUGCUCACCUGUCUGAAGGGCCAGGAUGAGCAGAGGGAGAGCCUCCUCACGUCUCUGCAGAACCAAGUCAACCAGAUCGUGAGCAACUGGCAGGAGGAGCGAUACCAGGACGACAUGAAGGCUCGGCAGAUGAUGCACGAGGCGUUGCAGCUUCGUCUCAACCUGGUCGGAGGGAUGUUCGACACGGUCCAGCGCAGCUCGCAGUGCACGACCGAGUGGGCAGUGCUGCUGCUGCAGAUCGUCAGCACGGGCACCGUAGAUGUACAGACCAACAAUGAGCUCUUCACGACGGUGCUCGACAUGAUCGGUGUGCUCAUCAACGGCACGCUGGCCUCGGACCUGUCGAGCAUCUCGCAGGGCAUCAUGGAGGAGAACAAGCGCGCCUACAUGAACCUUGUCAAGAAGCUGAAGAAGGAGCUGGGCGACAAGCGUUCGGAGAGCAUCGACAAACUGCGCCAGCUGUUGCCGCUGCCCAAGCAAACGGUGGACAUCAUCACGUGCGAGCCCAUGGGCUCCCUCAUCGACACCAAGGGGAACAAGAUCGCCGGCUUCGACUCCAUCGACAAGAAGCAGGGCCUGCAAGUGUCGACCAAGCAGAAGGUGUCUCCCUGGGACAUGUUCGAGGGCCAGAAGAACCCGGCGCCGCUGUCGUGGGCGUGGUUCGGCGCGGCGCGAGUCGAGCGUCGAGCCCCACGAUACGAAGAGCAGCACCGGCUGCUGCUCUACCACACGCACGCACAUCCUCGCCCGCUCGCCUACUACCUGCACCCCAUCCCGCUCCCUCCGGAGGAGGUGGAGCCGCCGGCGCCUCCAUCGGCGGGGCCAGUGGGGGGCGUGGACGGCGACCGCAAGCAGGCCGAAGCGUGCGUGGAGGCCACCAAGCCUCCCGAGGAGGACAAGAAGCCCAAGAACACGCGCAAGCGCAAAAAGCCGAGCCAGAAGGAGGAGUACCCCCAGAACAGCUACAACCGGAUGCAGCCAUUCGGAACGAUACCACCACCGCAGAUGAUACACACCACACACCCGCCCUACCAGGGCCUCAGCUACACCACUAUGAACCAACCACUGCAGACCAAUUACUACACUCCCAGCCAGCCACUUGCACCAGGCGGACCACGGAUAGACACGAGCCGGCAGUUCCCUGGCGCCAACACGAAGCAGCUGCUCACCGACAUGCUGAUGCGGCGAGGAUCUCUUCCCCAGCCGCCAGGACCGGGACCCGGCAUGGCUCCCCACCAACAGCAGGCACAGGCACAGAACCAGCAGCAGCAGCAGCAGCACCAGCAGCAGAUGAUGCACAUGAAGAUGAUCCAGCGGCACACCUUAAUGCGCCACCCGGCACAAAUGAGGCCUUUUGCACAGGUGCAGGGCCAGGCGAUGGGCCAGGGAGGCAUCUACUCGCAGCCCGUGCGGCAGCCGAACCCCCUCGCUCAGUACGGCGCAAUGCAGCAGCCAGCUCAGGCAAUGUCUCAGGGCUACGCCGCUUUCUCUGCGGGUGGCGGCGGCGGCGGCGGCAACGGAGGCGCGGGGGCCGCCGGCGCCGGCGGGGCCCCCAUGGCCGUGAGUGGGCAGCACGGUUCGCAGACGGCGCUCCUGUCGCCGGGCUACACGGGACAGCCCUACCAAGCGGGGCCCGCGCCAGGAGCCGGCAUGGUGGACUCGCUGCGGCAGAUCCAGCAGCAGCAGCAGCAACAGCAGCAGCAGCAACAGCAGCAACAACAACAACAACAGCAGCAGCAGCAACAGCAGCAGCCGAGUGGCUAUGUACACCAGCAGGCCCCGGCUGCUUACCCCCGCAACCUACAGAACACACCCCGACUUUCACACCAGCCCAUGCAGCAGGGUGGAAUGCUGUCGAGCAUAGAGCAGGUGCCGACCGGCCCAAUGCAUUCUGGCAUGGCGCAGAUGACACCGGAGAUGCGGCACAGGAUGCAACAGCAGCAGCAACAGCAGCAGCAACAGCAGCAGCAACAACAACAGCAGCAGCAACAGCAACAACAGAGGAUCAUACAGCUUCCGCAACAGCAGGCUCCUCAGCCGGCACAGCAGCCCCCCAUGGGCAUGCAGCCCAUUCAGCAACAGCAAACAAUGCAAACACAACAGCAGCAGCAGACAGCUGCUCUGGUUCGCCAGCUGCAGAAGCAGCUCUCAAGUGAGUCACUCGCCCGACAAACCAGCGGUCAGAAACUCAUACGUGCGCACACACACACACACACGCAUACAUAUGCUGCCCGCAAAUAACAGCAAAUAUGCCUCAAUGCCCGUCUGAUAUGUUUGCUAUGAACCAGAAUAUAGAUGCGUGUAGAAGAGAGUGCCUGUUAGGGACACAGAUAUGAGGGUGGGUUGAAGGUGUCCUGAGCUUUAACGGCAGUUACUUUUAUUCUUGAGAAGGUGAAGGGGGAGGAGGCGGGAUUGAGACGAGACAGAGAGACGGUGCAACGAGAAACGCCAUGGAGAUGUCACCGGCGUAGGGUAGGAGGAGUAGAGGGGAGACCGAGGGUGGGAGAUGGGAGGAUGCAGUGGAACGAGAGAUGUUUGUAUGAUGAAUUUCUUUUGCACCGACCGUACGUAGCCAAUUAGCACGGUUGGGUACGUACGCUGCAAACGAAGUUCAACGUACAUCCAACCGCGCUAAUCGUAGGUGCGGGUGAAGAACAACAAACUAAAGACGCUGAGCAUUUAGAAAUAAAUUAGUUUUUAAUUUCGAUUUGAAAGUGCGUAGGGUCUAUUGGGCUGGCUUCCUAAUAUCAGAAGGAAGAGCGUUCCAGACGGCCACGGAAGUGCUUCUGAAAGCGCGCGAUGCGGUGACCGUCUUUGCUCAAUGGUUAGCCAAAAGCCACGGCAAGGAUGGCUCCAGUGUUUGUCUGGAUUACAGAGAGAGGAGACAGAAUAAAACACAGUGGGCAUUGUUAGCUUAUGAGCAGAGAGAGAGAGAUAUCCAUGUACAAAUAUAUGUAUUUGGCCAUAGAGAAGUUUAAUCGAUAUUUAGGUUUUUUUUACCGUCUCUUUAUUGGUCAUAUCACACUUGCAUGAAAUGUUUGCAUUUUUUCUGUUUUUCCUGUCAUGUGAUUUUGAGUUGCCAUUAAUGUAUUUUUAUGACGCCCUUUUGAACUGAUUUGUCACUCACUCAUCUGCUUGUCGCUGUCUUCGCGCUCCCACAUUGAACAAUAAGCCUUAAAAUAGCGGCAGACUGACAAAGAUAAAUAUAUCUAAGAAUUUUCCGAUUUCAAGCUUUCGUGACUGCAGGGAAUUCAUAUUCUUGGUUCUUUCGGUAAAGUCAUGUAGAAGGGAAAUAAUAAAAUCUUUUUUAAAUAAUA